GAGGGGGAGAGGCGCUCGGGCGACUGAGCCGGACGCUCCGGGAGGCGAGGGGGCGGGGGUGCAGCGUUGCGGCGGCCGCCGCCUCCGCCGCCACCCGGGACGAGGGGGUGGGGGACGGACAAGCCCUGAUGCCGGGGGAGACGGAAGAGCCGAGCCCCCCGGAGCAGCAGGACCAGGAAGGGGGAGAGGCGGCCAAGGCGGGUCCGGAGGAGCCCCGGCAACCGCCUGCGCCGGCAGCGGCGGCUUCCGCGGGCACCGCGAGCAGCCGCGUGCUGCGGGGCGGCCGGGACAGGGACCGGGGCCGGGCCGCCGCCGCCGCGUCCCGCCGGAGGAAGGCCGAGUACCCCCGCCGGCGGAGGAGCAGCCCCAGCGCCAGCGCCAGCGCCAGGCCCGCCGACGGCGCCGGGCCGCAGCCUCCGGCCGCGAAGUUCCCGUCGCCAGCUCAGGGAAAGAAGAGUCCGCGACUCGUAUGCGUAGAAAAAAUAACAACUGAUAAAGAUCCCAAGGAAGAGAAAGAGGAAGAAGAUGAUUCUGCCCUCCCUCAGGAAGUUUCCAUUGCUGCAGCUCGACCUAGCCGUGGCUGGCGCAGUAGCAGCAGGACAUCAAUCUCUCGUGUUCGAGACACAGAAAAUACCCGCAGCUCUCGGUCCAAGACUGGUUCAUUGCAGCUCAUCUGCAAGUCAGAACCAGUUACAGAUCAGCUUGAUUAUGGUAAUGUGCAAGAAGUUGCAGAAGAACAUCAGUCUCCCAGCGGCAUUAGUAGUGAUGAAGAAGAGGAGGAAGAAGAGAUGUUAAUCAGUGAAGAGGAAAUACCAUUCAAAGAUGAUCCGAGAGAUGAGACCUACAAACCCCACUUAGAAAGGGAAACUCCAAAGCCACGGAGAAAAUUGGGGAAGGUGAAGGAAGAGAAAGAAAAGAAAGAAAUUAAAGUGGAAGUAGAAGUAGAGGUGAAAGAAGAGGAGAAUGAAAUUAGAGAAGAUGAGGAACCUCCUAGAAAGAGAGGACGAAGGCGGAAAGACGACAAAAGCCCUCGCUUACCCAAAAGGAGGAAAAAGCCUCCAAUCCAGUAUGUCCGUUGUGAGAUGGAAGGGUGUGGAACUGUUCUUGCUCACCCUCGCUAUUUGCAGCACCACAUUAAAUACCAGCAUUUGCUGAAGAAGAAAUAUGUUUGUCCACAUCCCUCCUGUGGACGACUCUUCCGGCUCCAGAAGCAGCUUCUACGGCAUGCCAAACAUCAUACAGAUCAGAGGGACUACAUCUGCGAAUACUGUGCUCGGGCCUUCAAGAGCUCCCAUAAUCUGGCAGUGCACCGCAUGAUUCACACUGGCGAGAAGCCGCUGCAAUGUGAGAUCUGUGGAUUUACUUGUCGACAGAAGGCAUCCCUCAAUUGGCACAUGAAGAAGCAUGAUGCAGACUCCUUCUACCAGUUUUCUUGCAAUAUCUGUGGCAAAAAAUUUGAAAAGAAGGACAGUGUAGUGGCGCACAAAGCAAAAAGCCACCCCGAGGUGCUGAUCGCAGAAGCUCUGGCCGCCAAUGCAGGCGCCCUCAUCACCAGCACAGACAUCUUGGGCACUAACCCCGAGUCCCUGACGCAGCCUGCAGACUCUCAAGGUCUUCCCCUUCUCUCUGAGCCCCUGGGAAACUCAGCCUCUGGAGAGUGCCUGCUGCUCGAAGCCGAAGGGAUGUCGAAGUCAUACUGCAGUGGGACGGAGCGGGUGAGCCUGAUGGCUGACGGGAAGCUCUUUGUGGGCAGCAGCAGCAGUGGGGGUGCGGAAGGGCUGGUCAUGAACUCAGAUAUACUCGGUGCUACCACAGAGGUUCUGAUUGAAGAUUCAGACUCUACUGGACCUUAGUGGAAAAGGAAGACUUUGGGCACUGGGACAGUUCGGACUUUGUAUUUAAAAGAUAAAAAGGACAAAAAAAAUUUAAAGCAUUUAAAAUCUAGUAAAAUAACUGAAGGGCCUGCUCUUUCCAUUGUGGAUCACAGGACACACACCCCAGCCCCAGAACUCCCCCUCUUUCCCCCUUACCAAAUCAAUGUUGCCUUUUUCAGAAAGGCAGACUGCAAAAAGCAGCAGCAGCUCUGCCAGUGAGGAUUCUCCUCACUCGGUCCCAGCCAGCAGCAGACUUCCUGCUCAUUGACAGGUCCCCUUUUCCAACUUGUAAUUCUGAUAUGCUCUGGAUCGGCUUUUAACUCUUAUACUGUAUUACUGACUUCUAAAUUCUCCUCCUCUCCUGCUGCCCUAUGGUUCUGGCUUCUACCCACUGCAGCACACUUAUCCUCAAAUAUUACAUAAUCCUACUCUCUGGAGGCUGGCAGCUUGACUUGGCACUUUAGGGCCCCUUAGCAGGGUGUACUGUUAAAACAGCACACAUCUCUCACCCCCUCUUCCGCUCCCCUCUGGGUUUUGAAAAGGGAGGUUACAUGUGGACCACCCUCCUCCUCUCUGGCCCCAGCGCCUCGGUCCCCCUCCCAGACCUCCAUUUGGCUCUUAUGGUGCUCACUGGCUUGGAAGCAGGCUCCCCAGAGGGUGGAGGCUGCCCUCUCUCCACAGUCUCUGGCUGUAACACAGGGCUCUAUCAGUGCGAUGGUGAGAAAAGUCCCAGGCUAAUGGCAGAAAUUUGCACUUUGAACAUGUGUGUUUUUGUGUUGUGGAACCUGAGAUUCCUUAUUUAUUAAUGGAAAGUCUGAUUUUUUUGCGGGGGGUGGGGUCUUCAUUGCUUUGUUUUGUGGGGCUGGGAGAAGUUAGAUUAUUCGGACAUGGGAUCCUUUCCACAAGAUGUUCUUUGAAGGCAAGGUAUAGGGUUGAAGAAGCACAGCCAGCCUCUAAAAUCAUAGCUCUCCAGUGGCCUUUACAGAAAGCUGUCCUCAGCACGAACAAAAUCACUACAGUAGCCUAGUGCAGGAUGAUAGGUUCAUGGUGACUUGUGUGCUCUUUGAGAUUCUGAGAGCAUUGAGAUUAAGGAGUUUUAAGGGGAUGAGGAAGGUUGUUCAGUGUCUAAAUUACAGAUGAAAAUCUCGUGUGAAUCAUUUUUGUCCUCACCAUUUCCUUACAUACGCCUACCUUCUGUCCCUUUGUUUUGUUUUUGGUUUUUUGCUUUGCUGUAUAUUGGUUCAUUGUGGCUCCCUGUUAGCGAAGCAGCAGUGUCUAGGAGUAGGAGUCCUAAGUCAGAAGAAAGCUGCCGUUUUGUUUCCCUUCUAGUAACACCUCAGAAAGGGCUCACUUUCUGAAAUUCUGGCAGUUACCACUUCCUUUGGAAGAAGAGUUUUCCUGGAGUGUGCAUUGCUUAUAUAGUAACUCCAUGGAAGACACAGGUAGUGUUGUGUACAAAUUCUUAACUCCCAGAAGACUAAGCAGCUGUUGGCUCGUUUUUAGAGAACUAAAAGGGCAGCGCCUGUCUCACGUACCUCGGAAGCUGGACUUGAAGCCUUAUCCUGUUCCUUGUCCCUUGUUGGAAGUGUGUGCUGGCUGUUGGGAAGAAUGAAGUUUUUAAAAAACGAGAAACAGCUUGUUUUUCACAAACACUAAAGCUAAAAAGUUUAUCCAUUUCUUCUUGAUUUAUUUUUUUCUCAAAAAGGCAUGAGAAAAUGUCAUCUGAAAGAGACUUACCCCAGCAGCGGUGGUGGGAGGCGAGGAGCGAGACACCUACGGGAGAGAGUCUCAUGUGCACUCUUACUGCCUUUCAGAGGUCGCAGAUUUGCUGUCUCCAGUGUAAGGGCAGAAAAUGGAACAAAGGAGGAAGGGAUGUAGAACAUGCUUUCCUGGCCAUGGAGUUUGCAGUUGACUUGAUACAUUGAGUAGAUUUUAACCUAUUUUAGGUUGGCUGGAUGGCUCUAGAUAAAGCUGUUCCAUUCUGUACUGUUUCAUUAGCUGGCGUCCACAUCCUACACUCACCUUUGCCUUUGUUACACUUAGACUUUGUCUCUCUGAAUUUCACUUCAUCAGAUAUUUUAGCUUGGUAUUUUUAAAACAAAUGGCAUUAAAAAAAUAAAAAAACUUCUUUCUAGGGUAGGGGAAAAUAUAUUCUCCCUCCCUAUACCACACUCCCCUCCCCAUGAAAAGCAAUUAUCUCUUGAUUAUUAGAACUUUCCGUCUUUUUUUUUUUUUUUUUAAACCUUUCUACAGCUACCAUUUGCUGACAAUAAAUUACUUUAGAAGUUUGCAGUAGAUUUUUUGCGUGGACUUUGUAUUUUUCCUUUUGAGAAAAAAGUCUUGGCAUAGUCAGGAGUCAGUGUAAGUAAACUAAGCCCUUUUCCCUUCUGCUCCCCAUGCUGCUGUUUAUUUCAUUAUCCUUCUCAGGAGCUCUUUUCAUCUUGAAAGUCCGUAUUUCCUACUCUUACUCAAAUUCCCUUCACAAUCUCCAUCUUGAAUUGGAAAUUCCAAAUUAUGACAAAGUCGGUGAGAUACAACUAUUCAAUAUUUCUAGAUGUACCUGUCCCUUGUUUGUGCUUGCCCGGGCUUAUUUUGCAUAAUUAGACCCCUUAAUAUAUUUCAGGAAGUUUAGACAGACACUGGCAGGGAGUUCUGGGAGGAAAGAAAGAUAGAAGCAUCCACAUAGAGCAUAGAGCACUUGAACCCCCUUAGUACCUAUCUACCUGGAGGAAAACCACAUACAAAUACACUACCAACCUAAAUAAGGUUAUUACAGUCUCGGUGUCUAAAGUACCAUUUUUUCCUCCUGUCUUUUCCCCACUUUCCAGUAUACUCAAGAAAAUUGAAAGAAAUGUAAUGGAUCAAUUUAAAAUACUUUAUUUCCUAAAAGCCUUUUUUGCCUAUUGUAAUGUGUGGGACCCUUCUCCUUUGAGGGGAGAGAUGGGUUAUUACCUGAAUAUAGGUUGAAAAGGUUAUGUACAAAGAAAUUAUAAUAAAAGGGAUACUUUGCUUUUCAAA